AGCUAUCGUUCUACUCGUUCACUCGCAUUACGGAGACGAAGACCGACGCUCGCUUGUACUCGGACUGCAGUUUAGUGGUGAGGAAGCAGUAAAAAAGCGAUCUCUGCAAGUGAAAACGUGCCGUGAAGUUUCAGUGUGCAAAAAUCACUUUAAACUAGAAAUACUUUUGUUACCGUUGCUCCCCGCACUUUAAAUUAGCAGAAAAAUGUCUGAGGAAAAGAAGGGAUCCGAGUCUGAGCAUAUCAACUUGAAGGUGCUAGGACAGGACAAUGCUGUGGUCCAGUUCAAAAUCAAGAAGCACACACCCCUACGGAAGUUGAUGAACGCCUACUGUGAUCGGGCGGGUUUGUCCAUGCAAGUCGUCCGAUUCCGCUUCGAUGGCCAGCCGAUCAAUGAAAAUGACACCCCGACGACGCUGGAAAUGGAAGAAGGAGACACGAUUGAGGUGUACCAACAGCAGACUGGCGGACAGCUUUACUUUUAAAUCAUAAUCUAAAAACAAUAGCCCACAUAUUCUCAACACAACCUUACACGACUUAAGAUGAACUCAAUUCCAAAAGCUUAGAGAAAGAGAAGGCGCGAGAGAAGAAAACAAUUAAAGUAUGAGCUGUUUUUAGUGCGAAGAUCCUGCAUUCAGCAUCUCACGACAUGGUCGCCAAACAAGGAAAACGAUAAUUUAUGUUUUUGCUUUCAAAUUCCAUGUGCAACCCGGAUGUAGUUUUUUUUUCUUUCCAAAACAAAAUACAUUUUAAUUUUUAAGGCAGGUCAAAAUCUGAUACAAAAUAAAUGAGACAAUUAAGUAUUUAAA